AAAGAAAAUUUGAAAAAAAAAAAACUUUCAAAAGUCACCUUUCUUUAAAUAAAAAAACGAAAUUGCUAUAUUGCUGUAGUGGCAAAUGAUGGCCAAAUGCUCUAUUGCUCCAUCCGUUGAACCUCUCUUUCAGAGCUGCAAUGGUCUUCAAUACCUUGCCGAAACGUGUCGUUUCAAGGCGUGGUUCUUGGAUCAAUUUGGAGUCCUUCAUGAUGGCAAACAACCUUACCCAGGCGCAAUUUCAACAUUGGAAAAGCUGGCAACUACUGGUGCCAAGAUGGUGAUUAUAAGUAAUUCCUCAAGACGUGCAUCAACGACAAUUGAGAAAAUGAAGAACCUAGGAUUUGAUCCUUCUCUCUUUGCAGGAGCCAUCACCAGUGGAGAAUUAACUCAUCAGUACUUGCAAAGGAGAGACAAUGCCUGGUUUGCUGCACUUGGAAGGUCUUGCAUUCAUAUGACCUGGAGUGACAGGGGUGCUAUAUCUCUUGAGGGUUUGGGCUUACAAGUCGUGGAGAACGUUGAAGAAGCUGAUUUUAUCUUGGCUCAUGGCACUGAAGCCUUGGGGCUUCCAUCAGGUGUUGUACGUCCUAUGAAUCUUGAGGGUCUUGAGAAAAUAUUGGAGUGUUGCGCAACUAAAAAGAUCCCCAUGGUGGUUGCUAAUCCAGACUUUGUGACUGUUGAAGCUAGAGCUUUGAGUGUCAUGCCUGGUACAUUGGCAGCCAAAUACGAAAAGCUUGGUGGUGAAGUGAAAUGGAUGGGGAAGCCAGAUAAGAUAAUAUAUGAAUCAGCUAUGGCGAUGGUCGGUGUGGAUGCUUCUGAUUCUAUUGCUGUGGGUGACUCUCUUCAUCAUGACAUUAAAGGUGCAAAUGCAGCUGGAAUCCAGUCAGUAUUUAUCACUGGAGGGAUCCAUGCAACUGAACUUGGACUCCAUAGUUUUGGACAAGUUGUAGAUAUAUCCUCUGUACAGUCCCUUGCAUCCAAAUAUGAUGCAUGUCCAACAUACGUGUUACCAGCAUUCACAUGGUAGAAUUAAGUCCUGAUGCUUGAUUUUCAGAUCUUCAAGAAAGAAAUUGCUUUCCCUAGCAGUAAGUUCUCCAGACUACAUUCUGACCUGUGCAUGGUGGGUCAAAAGGGCAGAACCUAAUCCAAAACAAAUUGACAAAUUCAAGGGCACUGGACACUUUGGCCAGGGUGAUGUUUUAUAAUAUAUGAUUUGAUUGAAAUAUCUUGAUUCAAAUUUAGUUCCCAAUGUCAUGGAAAACAUAAAGGGGAAAAGAGACGAAAGGAAUGACUGUUACACCUGUCACUAGCUCAAGAUCAAUUAAGUUUGUUUUAUUAAAGAAUUGGGUUACUGUCAUGUUAUCUUUGUUGGAUGCUUUAUCAUGUUUGUCAUUUGGCAAUACGUUCAAUGAAUAACCACAAAAAGUUCACUUUCCCA